AGUGUCACACUUAAUAAAUUCGAGGACGCUCCAGAGGCAGGAUGGCCGAGCCGGACAUUCAUCUGGCCAGCACUGAGUUCUUGCAUGGCGAUAGUGGCCACAUUUUUCGAGUUGAUGUUCAUCGUACGGGCCCUCACCAUCAAAGACUACGCUAUGGCCACUGAAUCCUUCGCCUACCUCAUCAUCCUGGGGUCUGUAAGCCUCAUCUACAUCGGAGUACUGACCAAUAGAACCGCGAUCCUGGAUCUAUUGGAUGUCAUGAGCAAAGAUUUUAGGUACAUUUGCAGUUUGGCGCCACAUUACAGAAAAUGUUUUUUAGACGGCCAACUUCUGAUUUGGAAACUGACAAUGAUUUGGGGAAUUUUCGUCAUAGUUCUCGCUAUUCUUUACGUGUCAAAUACGUUAGUACUGCUACUUUAUCAGAGCCUCUUUGGCACUUUGGACGAGCAUUACGUCCGACCGUUUAUAUUUCCAGUCUGGCUUCCUCACGAUGAUCCGUACAGGAGUCCAAACUACGAAAUGCUGAUGGUUUUUCAUAUUGCAAUAAUAUUUGUCGCCAUGGCUACAUUUGGAUUAUACGUGCCUCUAUCUCUGCAUCUCUUCAUGCACUACUACAAUCUACUAGACAUGGUGUUGAUUGCCAUUGACGAGUUAUUCGAAGACUUGGAUGAGUCAGUGGUAACGCUGCAUGACACGGACCAGCGCCGCCUGUAUGUGAAAGCUGAGCUCGCCAGGAGGAUGGGACGAAUCGUGCAGUGGCACCAGUCUUUCUUUGAUUCUGUGGGUGCUAUCACAUCCAUAUAUGGCGGUAUGCUGGUGUAUCAAGUUCUGUUUAGCUCGGUCAUCAUCUGCUUAAUGGCUUAUCAAGUCGCUAUCCAACUGGCAGAUGGAAAAUUCAACUACCUAUUUGCGAUACUGACAUUUGGUGCAGUCUUACAACUAUGGAUUCCAUGCUGCAUUGGCACUCUAUUACAGACCAAGGCGUUGUCGUUAGGAGAGCGCUGUUUCUACUCCGGCUGGUACGAGACGCCCCUGACGCAGCUUGUGCGUCAAGACCUGCUCAUCUUUAUCAUAAGAGCUCAGGUCCCAAUUGGGAUCAAAUUCACCGGUCUGCCCGAAUUGGAGCUAUACACCUUCUCUUCGAUUAUGAGCACCGCUUAUUCUUACUUUAAUAUGCUCCGGCAAUAUAACUAAACUUCGUAUCGACG